GGAGCCUGACACGGCAACUCCCGUGCUGGUGAUGCCAAAAUAGAUUCGACGCAAGCCCAAGGCGGCUCGAACCGGACCAACAGCACUUGUCUCUGCUGUUUUGUAACUACAAUUAGCUACACAACAGUAAUACAACCCCGUGGCUUGCCCUUGUUAGGUUGUCAGCUAUCCAUGGGAAAAACAACCAACACUAUCUGAUCAAGUCUAAGCUAGCAUGAAAAAAAUGUGUCGGCUUACUGCACAUGAUAACGUUUCAUCCAGAUGCCAACAUGGUACCUAGAUACCCUUCUUACCGAGCUUGUAGAUAAAUGCGACAGGUGAGCCAUGAGAGAUAUCCAGCACAUCACCAGCUUCACACCCACAACCAUCUCUUCAUCAGGGAUCAACCAUAUCUACAGCAUAGCCAGCAUUUUCAUCAUUGUUUCUCUGUGUCACUAUCCGUCAAACUUCUCCCAGUUAUCAUAUACCUGCUCCAAGUUUCCACUUCGACGACCUCACCCUCCCUCAUAUCUGCCACUGCCGCUUACACCGAGGCGGUUUAUUUUACAACAGUCUCGUACCGCCACACUACAUCUCCCCAUCAUGAACCUUUCCCUCCUCGUCAACAUCCUCCUCCUUCAGCCACUUUUAGUGGCUGGCUUACCUGUUCCAAAGCCUCCUCCAGCGGGCGGCCAAGAGAACUUGCCUAUACACCAAGGAAAUCCCAACGCAGGACCAUCAACCACAACGCAGCCCCCGGGACCAGGGGGCGGAGCAGGAGGUCAAGCACCAUCCCUCGGCGUUGAUUAUGACCUGGCCCAGCUUAUGGGUCACUGGGGAACCCCGCCCAAGGGGGUCUAUCUCCAGGGUUCAUACUCGGCAAUUAUCCAAGUCAGCAAGGACAUAACCCGGGAAAACAUGGUUGAACUCGCUUACCGGGCCUACGGAGAAAUGUCGACAAUCUUCGCCAACAGGGAAAACAUGGUCGGGUCCCGUCUAAAGCCCGAGUACCCAUCCCGCACCCUGGUCGCCUUGGAGGUUGGAGACAGAAAGAUCGUUUUCGCAUCCUCAACCCAGUUCAGAGCGCCAUCAGGGCUUUCAACGAAAGAGAGUAGUGAAUUUUACACCUGGGCUGCGGGCCAAAUCGCAUCCCUUGGGUCCCAGAUACCGAACUCGGUCGGCGCGUGGACAGCCCAUCGUUGGAAGAAUGAUGCUAAAUCUAGGCACAGGCUCGACGGCAAAUGCGCCGAAUUCAACGCCCUCCGCUUGGACGCAGAAAGGCAGAACGCGGACCGGAGGUGGGAGGGGCACGGGCCGAGGUAUGAGAGCCCCAAAAAGAUACAACUCGACAAGGGCGAGAGGCGGCCGUUCCUGGUGGCCAUUUUUGGAAAGAAUAUUGUCAAGCCGUGUUCGGCCGCCGGCCAGCUCUACGGAUGCGAGGAGCUCUUCAAAGAUGGCACACCAUUCUCCGAGCUGGAAGCAAUCCAGCCCGGCACGCGGGCCGUCUGGUCUGCCGACAUCAAAAUCACGCAGCUCAAAAACCCGCGCCACGAAACGGUGCCCGUCAGCCAGGACCCAGGGCCGGCCAGCCCAGGCAGCAGCGGAUCCGCCCCCGGGAGCCCCGAGCUGAUACCCGGUACACAGUAUCAGGCGCCCGCUUCCCAGAGCUCUUCGUCGCCUUCUCAGAGCCUUCCACCGUCUUCCCAGGAACCUCCAACAUCUUAUCAGCGCCCUCCGCCAGCUUCACAGGGCUCUUCGUCGCCUUCCCAAGGCUCUCCACAACCUGCCACCGCGGUACCGCCCGUGGACGGAGCCGUCGAGGUUGCAGCGAGCCCUGAGCGGGGGCCCGCUAACCAGGGCUCUUCGUCACCUCCCGCUGUCCCAGCGACGCCCGUACGCGCCACCCAGUACGCUAUACGACCCGCUUCUGCGGGCGCAGGCGGCGGCGGCGGCGGCGGUGGCAACAUCUUGGUCCCCGCGACACCCGAGAUGAUACCCGAGACGCCGCCGCCCGCGCGCGGCAGCAGCGGCGGCGCCUCUCAGGGAGAGGCGGUGCCCGCGACCCAGUUCCCCAUGGCGCCUCCUCCUCAGGGACAAACGCAGCCCGCCACCGGGGGGACGGGCGGCGGCGGCAGCGGCAGCAUGGCACCCCCCAACACCCCGUCCCCGAAGGCAGGCGAGAAGAGGCCUCAGCAGCCGUCGUCUUCGCCGCUGGAGACCCCCAGCAGGAAGCAUGUUGACAAGAAGAACAAAGAAGAGUAGUGGUUGACCUAUGAGAAGGUGCGUGCUGAGUAGGAGGUGGGUGCGAAGAAGGAGGACGUGGGAUUUGUAAAUGUACGGAUUUGCUGGGUUAUAUAACGGACAAGAUAGCAGUGGUCGAGCAGAAGCGUGUGUCUAAACAGGGGGAGUGUUGGAUGGCACGAGGGUACUUUGGAUGCGAGCUUGAUGGAAGGUUUAGCAAAAGGUUGCAUUUCUGGAAAUGAAGAAUAUAUAUCUGUCCUCC